GAAAAGUAGAAAACACAGAGAAAAGAAGCAAAUUUGUGUGUAAAGGAGAUCGAAAAGGGAGAGUAAUGAUGAGUGGAAGCAACGGAGGUGGGCCUUGUGGCGCCUGCAAGUUCCUAAGGCGAAAGUGCGUGAGCGGUUGCAUAUUUGCGCCCUAUUUUGACUCGGAGCAAGGAACUGCUCACUUCGCUGCGGUGCACAAGGUGUUCGGCGCCAGCAAUGCCUCCAAGCUCCUCUCCCGCAUUCCGGCACACAAGCGCCUCGACGCCGUCGUCACUCUUUGCUACGAGGCUCUCUCUAGGGUUAGAGACCCCGUCUAUGGCUGUGUCGGUCACAUCUUUACUCUGCAACAGCAGGUAGUGAAUUUGCAGGCAGAGUUGGCGUACGUUCAGGCCCGUCUUGCUACAUUGCAGCGGCUUGCUCCGGUGCAAGUGCCGCAAUCUCAGAGCUCAUCACCGACCAAUAAUCACCAUUCGUCGUCAGACUUGGCACCAUCCAACUAUAACUUGGCCUCCAUGCAUUUUGAUCAUCAUCAUCAUCAUCCUCUGCAACCACAGGCUGCCACGUCAGCAGAGUUGGCGAGUUUUUUCAAUCCGGUGGAUCAUGAAGAAGUGGAGGAUGGGGAUGUCCAAGCAUUGGCUCGGGAAAUCAUCUCUAGGUACUUGCCCGGAGUAAGAUUCCGGCCUUCAAGUCCCGAUCACUAGAUUUUUAGCUUCUGUAUUAAUUAUUAUUAAUAUUAUUAUUGUAUGUUUUAAUGGCAUG